CCUUUGCAAGGUAGUUAGUUCACUGCAACCAAACUUCUACGUCUUAGUCUUCCAAUUCACAAUGGGAAACAACCCAAGCACACAAAGCACUCCGAAGUUCUCUUUCCCCACCGUCAUUCACAACACUGGACCAGAUGAUAAACGUGCAUUAUUCGAACGGACGAGCGACGGUACCUCGGGUAAUACAGGUAUUCGCUUCGACAUUGUAUGGGGCAUCGCAGUUCUUCUCCUAGUUCUCAUUGUUUUGCGGCAAUGGUAUCGUGCCAGGGGUACAUACAAAGCCAAAGAACAGGAGUAUAGUUCGGCCACAGAAGAUUUGGAGGGUCAAAAGACUACCGUCAAUAAUAUGCGUGGUUAAUGUCCCCCCCAGUACCGUUCCCUCCUGCUGCUUUUCCCUAUAAUUUUAGUUUUGUCCUCAGAAAGUUGUAUUCUCUCUCUUAGUAGAUAUACCCACUUAUGUACAAGCCCAGCGCCAGGCUUCCAUAUAGAA